CGUCCCCCAAUAAACAAGCGGCACGCCCGCCCCAUCCCGCUCCUCCCACACAACACACGCGGCGGGGAGGACUCCCAUCCCAUGGCCCUCAAGAAAGCAAGAAAAGUGGUAGUAGCAUCCAAGAAACCAACAUCCGCCGCCAUGGGCGUGGCGGAGACGCCCGAUCCGCUCGGGCGCGGCGGCGCGCACAACCUCAGCCCGCCGCGGCUGCCCCCCGGCGUCUACUUCAGCCCGACGCGGGAGGAGAGCGUGGCGCUCCUCGACCGCUGGAUCGCCGGCGGCGGCAAGGAGGUGCCCGCCGACGCGCGGGGCUUCGUCUCCCACGCCGACAUCUACAGCGACGGCCCCGACGCGCUGCGGCGGCGGCACCCGCCGGCGAGCGCCCGCGCGGGCCAGCGCAUCUGGUGGUUCGUCUGCGAGACCAGGUUCCAGUGCCCCGGCGCCGCGGCCAAGCGCGCCGGCCGCAAAGUCGACACCGGCGGGUACUGGCGGGAGGACCGGUGCAAGGCCGAGGGGGGCGGGUUCAAGAGCUACUUCGUCUUCUUCCUCGGCCCCGGCCCCGGCCCGUCCAGGAAGGAGAAGACGCCGUGGGUGGCGCAGGAAUUCACCAGCGCCAAGGACGACGGCGCCGGCAAGAAGGGCGUGCCCGCGCUCUACAUGCUCUACGUCUCCCCGCGCGCCACCGACGACGAGCUGAGGGGGAUCUACGGGGAGGACGGCGUCACGGUGGGGCCCGACGGGGACAAGAAGCCUGUCCGGGCCGCCGUCCCGGCAGGCUGUUUCGACGCCGUCGUGGCGCUGCUGCCGCCGGGGAGCGUCCGUGGUCUCGGGCAAGAGCGCGUCGAGGUGUCGCAGGCGCCGCCUCCGCCGUAGCCGGCGUGUCAUCUUCAUCACGACGGCCAGCAGGAGCAGAACUCCACGGGGGCGGCAUCGCGGGCGGGCGUUCUUGGUCAGUGCCAGCAGCAGCCGGCGAAGACGGUCAUGACGAUAUAGUUUGAUCAUGACGAUCGAGCUCGCCUACCUGAAACAAGGAUAGUUGAUUACAGGACAGCGGCACGUACGAUUGAUUGAUUGAUCUGCUAGAAACAAACGAUUUUUUGGUUGAUUUGGGGGAUUAAUUUGUGUAUAUGGGUUCUUGCAGUUUGCUCAACAUUUAGUAUGCAUAAUAUAUGGUAGUAGUAGUUCUCUCCGUCUACUCUGUUUGAACGUUGAUUAUCUGUCAUGCGCUUUCACAUUUUUUGUGUUUGACGAAAGAAAUGUUGAUUAUGUGCCCAGUUUUCA